AUGAAUUCCUUUCCAUCAUUAACGGAUCCAUAUUUUGGAGAACUUGAGUGUGAUCCAAUAGUUUGGAAGAAACUUAUCAAGAAGGAAACAAUAAUUGUGGCUCCCAUGUGGGAUGAAUUUUCAACUAUUCGAUACAUUUUUGUACAUUACCUCAAUGAAGUACAACAUGUUGUAAUGCUCAAUGGUGUGGAUUUGGAAAAACUAAUAGAAAAAUGUAAAGAAAUAUUUAAUGACCAGUCUUUGGAAUAUUUAAUUGAACCUCUUGGAUCUCGUAUUGAAUCUAUUGAUCAAUUACAACAUUUGAGUCAUUAUACUGUUCUCAAAAAGAUGGAAGAAAACAAAGAAAAGCAAUUAGACAUAAUAUCACUAAGAGAGCUUAAAGAAUGUGUAAAUAGUGAAAGUGAAUAUUUGAAAACAAUUCCAAUGGAUCACUCAUAUAAUUUCGAAGAAAUAUAUAAGAAAUUAUUAACACAUAAGAAACAAUAUUUAGUGAAAGUCUUGAGGGCUGGUCAUGCGUUCAGCGACGACGGUUCAGAAAUGAAAUUUGUUUUAAUGGAGAGAUGUGAAGCUGAUUUUUCUAAAUAUUUAGAAAAAAACAAAAUAUCUAACAUUACCGAUUUCCUUAACAAGGUUGAAUUAAUAUGUCUCUGUGUUAAGGAUUUGCAUUCUCUUAAUAUAGUUCACAUGGAUACCAAAUCAGAUAAUUUAUUAUCUAAAUUCGUUAAUGAGAUAUUUACAUUAUUAUUCUGUGAUUUUGAGGAAUCAAUUGAUGUUUCAGACAUGGAGAUUUUCAAUGACAAAGUUAUUAUUUCUCUUCCCACAACUGGAACAGACUUUGUAAAUUCACCAGAAUCUUAUUACUGCAAAUAUAAUUUUGGAAAUAGAAUCAUCCACACAAAUUUUAUGUUUAGAAUGGAUUCUUGGAGUGUUGGAAUUAAUAUUCUUCUAUUAAUUCUAAAAUUCCUGCUUAAUUACAAUGGAUCUGAAGAGCUUGUUAUGAAAAGGAUGAAAUGUUUUCAUGAAAACACCAAUCAAGAAUAUGAAAAACUAAUUGGAUUUGGUGAAUGGGUUGCUGCUCAUGAUUCACAUGAAGCGAUUCACUCAUUUAUUAAUGAAGUUAUUGAUGAACUCGUUCACAAAUAUCCUGAGCUAAGUGAUAGACAAACAACAAUGUUACAGGAAACUCUCUGUGGGCUAUUGCACAAAGAUCCCUCAAAAAGAAUGUCAAUUGAUAAAUUGCUAGAAAAUUGGAAAUUUAUUAAUCAUGAUGGACAUUACAUGGAAGAUGUUGACUAA